AUGGUACAAUCAUCUGUUUUAGGUUUCCCACGUAUUGGUGGUCAAAGAGAAUUAAAAAAGAUCACCGAGUCUUACUGGGGUGGCAAAGCUACUGUCGACGAAUUGUUGACCACUGGUAAACAAUUGAGAGAACACAAUUGGAAAUUACAAAAGGAUGCUGGCGUUGACGUUAUUCCAUCAAAUGACUUUUCUUACUACGAUCAAGUUUUGGAUUUGUCUUUGUUGUUCAAUGCUAUUCCAGAAAGAUACACUAAGUUUGAUUUAGCUCCAAUCGAUGUUUUAUUUGCCAUGGGUAGAGGUUUACAAAGAAAGGCUACUGAUUCUGCUCCAGCUGUAGAUGUCACAGCUUUGGAAAUGGUUAAAUGGUUCGACUCUAACUAUCACUAUGUUAGACCAACCUUUUCACACUCUACUGAUUUCAAAUUGAACGCUGCUGCUGGUAUCAAACCAGUUGAUGAAUUCAAUGAAGCUAAAGCCUUGGGUAUCACCACCAGGCCAGUCAUUUUGGGCCCAGUUUCCUAUUUGUUCUUGGGUAAGGCUGACAAGGAUUCCCUUGAUUUGGACCCAAUUUCAUUGUUGCCAAAAUUGUUGCCAGUUUACAAAGAAUUAUUGGCUAAAUUGAAGGCUGCCGGUGCUGAAGAAGUUCAAAUUGACGAACCAGUCUUGGUUUUGGACUUACCAGAAUCAGUGCAAUCAAAAUUCAAGGAAGCUUACGAUGCUUUAGCUACUACCGAAGCUCCAAAACUUAUCUUGACCACUUACUUUGGUGACGUCAGACCAAACUUGAAAGCUAUUGAAAACUUGCCAGUUGCUGGUUUCCAUUUCGACUUUGUCAGAGUUCCAGAACAGUUGGACGAAGUUGCAUCUAUUAUUAAAGGUGAUCAAACUUUGUCCGUUGGUGUUGUUGACGGUAGAAACAUUUGGAAAACUGAUUUCUCAAAGGCUUCCGGCAUUGUCAACAAAGCUAUCGAAAAGGUUGGUAAAGACAAGGUUGUUGUUGCCACCUCAUCGUCAUUAUUGCACACUCCAGUCGACUUAGAAUUAGAAGCUAAAUUGCCAGCUGAAAUCAAAGACUGGUUCUCUUUUGCCACUCAAAAAUUAGACGAAGUUGUCACCAUUGCUAAGCACAUCUCUGGUGAAGACGUUUCAAAGAAGUUGGAAGCUAAUGCAGCUUCUAUCCAGGCCAGAAAGGAAUCCUCAAUCACCACUAACCCUAAGGUUCAGGAAAGAUUGACCACCAUCGACGAAUCAUUAUCUACUAGAAAAUCACCUUUCCCUGAAAGAUUAGCUGAACAAAAGAAGAAGUACAACUUGCCAUUGUUCCCAACCACCACUAUUGGUUCAUUCCCUCAAACUAAAGACAUUAGAGUCAACAGAAAUAAGUUUGCCAAGGGUCAAAUUACCGCAGAAGAAUACGAACAAUUUAUCAACAAGGAAAUCGAAACUGUUGUUAGAUUCCAAGAAGAAAUUGGAUUGGAUGUCUUGGUCCAUGGUGAACCAGAAAGAAACGAUAUGGUUCAAUACUUUGGUGAACAAUUGGAUGGUUUUGCCUUCACCACCAACGGUUGGGUUCAAUCUUAUGGUUCUAGAUACGUUAGACCACCAAUUAUUGUUGGUGAUGUUUCAAGACCAAAAGCCAUGACUGUUAAAGAGUCAGUUUACGCUCAAUCAUUGACAAAGUCACCAAUGAAGGGUAUGUUGACUGGUCCAGUCACUAUCUUGAGAUGGUCUUUCCCAAGAGAUGAUGUUUCAGGUAAACUCCAAUCAUUGCAAUUAGGUUUGGCCUUGAGAGAUGAAGUCAACGAUUUGGAAAAAGCUGGUAUCACUGUUAUCCAAGUUGAUGAACCAGCUAUCAGAGAAGGUUUGCCAUUGAGAGCCGGUAAAGAAAGAUCUGACUACUUGAACUGGGCUGCUCAAUCAUUCAGAGUUGCUACUUCAGGUGUAGAAAACUCCACCCAAAUCCACUCUCAUUUCUGUUACUCAGACUUGGAUCCAAACCACAUCAAGGCAUUGGACGCUGAUGUUGUCUCCAUUGAAUUUUCCAAGAAGGAUGACCCACACUACAUUCAAGAAUUCGCUGAAUAUCCAAACCACAUUGGUUUAGGUUUGUUUGAUAUUCACUCACCAAGAAUUCCAUCAAAACAAGAGUUUGUUUCCAGAAUUGAAGAAAUCUUGAAAGUUUACCCAGCUGAUAAAUUUUGGGUUAACCCAGAUUGUGGUUUGAAGACUAGAGGCUGGCCAGAAGUUAAGGAAUCAUUGACCAAUAUGGUUAAUGCUGCCAAAGACUUCCGUGCUAAGUACUAA